CAAGCUCGCCAACACCACUUCUAGACGUCGAGCGCAGCGCUUCCUCGGCGAAAUGGCCGAGCCCGUUGAACGCGUGGGCAGCCGACACCAGCAGCGAUAUUCCGGUCGGCCGCGCAAGAGCUAUAAAUUCUGCGCACUGGCGGCGUACACCGUCGCUCAAGCUCGCGCUCAUGUUCACCCUCACAGCCCUCGUGCUCGUCAGCGUCCUGCAGUUCUCUGCGGUCAUGCGCGGCGCUGAUGCCGUCCGCCGCGCUGAGAGCUCCCCAUCAGCUGCCUGCCUGGGGUUUUCUCCCCGCGGGCUCUCGGGCGCGGUCGUUGCGGAGCGGACGUACUACCCCGCGAACACGACCGUUGCGAUCUCGAACAGCUAUCUCGGCUUUGGGUCGUCGAGCCUGCCCGCGUUCUGCCGUCUUCAGUUGCUGAUCACCACGAAUGCUACGGCAGGCUCGUUUGCUAACACCGAGGUCUGGCUCCCGGAUGUAACGGCGUGGAACAAGCGAAUGCUCACCGUCGGGGGCGGUGGGCUCGCCGGAGGAGCGGACGUCAUGGCGCUCGGCUCUCGAAUCUCACAAGGAUUCGCGGGUGUGGCCACCAACGGGGGCCAUAACUCCUCUUCCUUCGACGGCAGCUGGGGCGGACCUCAUAACGACAAUACGCUCAUCGACUUUGGGUGGAGAGCCGUCCACCUCAGCGUUCUCGCAGGCAAGGACAUCAUCAAGCAGUUCUACAGUGAGACCCCGAAAGGGUCCUACUACCUGAGUUGCUCCACCGGCGGCCGCCAAGGCCUGAAAGAAACCCAAAUGUUCCCCGACAGCUUCGACGGCGCCGUCGUCGGCUCCCCCGCGAACUGGAUGUCCCGCCUGGUAUCCUGGGGCGCGCACCUCGCCCAGGUCGUCGAGCCCGCGACGGCCUCGCACUUCAUCCCGGAGGCGACGUGGAAGGGCGUGAUCGCGCCGGAGGUCAUGAGGCAGUGCGAUGCGCUCGACGGCGUCACUGACAAUGUCAUCAACGAUCCGUCUGUGUGCCACUUCCGCCCGGAGACUCUGGCGUGCGCCCCGGGCCAAGACCCCGCGACGUGUCUGAACGCCGACCAGCUCGCCAUCCUCCCGAAAAUCUACGAGGACUACUUCGAAGACGGCAAGUUCGUGUUCACAGGGUUCAGCCUCGGCGGCGAGGACGUGUACUUUACGGACCUCCUCGGGGAGACGCCCAAUCCACUCAUCACCAACUGGAUGCAGUUUAUGGUGCUCAAUGAUACGACCUGGACGAUCGACCAGUACAACUCGAGCGUGUACAAGAUCGCAGACGCCGUCAACCCCGGGAACGCAGACGCGAUCGACCCGGACCUGAGCGCGUUCGCGGCGGUGCCGCACAACGGCAAGCUGUUGCACUACGUCGGCCUCACGGACGAGAUCAUCAGCCCGCGCAACAGCUUCCACUACUACGACACCGUGCGCGCGCGCACGCUCCGCAGCAGGGGCAUGCACAUCGACGACUUUUACCGCCUGUUCCCCGCGCCCGGCAUGGACCAUUGCUUCGUACGUAUCCGAUUCCGUUCCUGA